AUGCGCCUCUUCCUCCUACCCAUCACCAAGAGUCGCACUCUGCUCUACUGCCAGCGACUCCAUGUCACGACGACCGACAAGCCGAAUCUCGUCGACAAAUUGACAGUGCGCGCCGCCAAGCUAUGGGCAGGCUGGGAGAAAAAGGACUCGGGCUGGCAGCGAAAGGUCGUCGACUACGGGAAUAUGGCCCUCAAGAGGAUACCUUACGAAGAAUGGGGCUUGAAAUCAGUGCCUUCCCUGACUACCCGGAAGAAGGACAAGGAGCUGGAUGGGAAGAAGAAGAUUGAGCUGAUCUAUCCGCAGUCUGUCAUUCCCAAGGACAGGGUCGAGAGCAUCCUAUCCUCGCUCGCUACAGAGCGCGACAGCCUGCACAGGAAACGACUGAUCUGGUGUAUCAUUGGCAUGCCCAUCAGCGCGCCUUUUGCACUGGUACCGGUAAUUCCCAACCUGCCCUUCUUCUAUCUGGUGUAUCGCGCCUGGUCACACUGGCGCGCCCUCGCCGGCAGCAACCAUCUCAGAUUCCUCGUCGAGAACAAACUCCUAGAUCUGUCACCGUCCAAAAAGCUGGAUCAAGUAUACACCCCACUGCUCCCAGCUGCGCCAAUCAAGCCAUCUAAAUCAGCCAACGGCGACAAAGUCGGCAAACCCAACGAGGUGGCCGGCGAGAAGGUCAUCCUCUCGCAAAAGGACGGCAAGAAGAUAGUUGAUGUUCUGGACCUCCCCGAGCUCGAGGUUGAGAUGGAGAGGGCCAUCUGGCAGAUCGAACGAGCCAAAGAGGCAGAACAAGAGGCGCAAAAACAAAACGCCCCAGACCAGACGCCAACCCAGAACGAAAACUCCAAAGCAACCCAGACAAAAAAAGAGAAGAAGUGA